AACGCGUGUGGUGCUUUGCAAAGUGAAAUCCGUAUUCGCCAUGGGAAAAGCAAGGAAACCAAAAGUGCACAAAAAUAAGCUUAAUCCUACCGGUCUGGUAGACGUGAAUGCAAUGCUCGAUCAGGAACUGUCGAACGGUAAAACGGAUUCACCGAUCCAAGCCAUAGCAGAACAGUUGCAGUCGGCUAGUGUCGAAGAAAAAAUAUGCGGCUUGCAAACGUUGGCCACGAUCUGCCACAAUGAAGUGAAUAUUGGUGCUGUUGUGAAGAGCGAUGUCGUCCGGAUUGCGGCUUCGUUGCUGGUAGAUUCCGAUCAAAGCGUUCGACACGCUACGGCAGGAGCACUCCGGAAUCUGUCGGUGCUGAGCGUCGAAAUUUGUGAGUACAUGGUCGACCAGGAUGUGCUAACUCCACUUCUAGCAUUGUUGAAUCGUUAUACUUCCGUGGAAUGGAAGCCGACUUUCGAUACAACUGUACAAGGGCAAAUGGACGAAAAGUCUGACACCUUUUUGCAAGCUGUCAGCUUGCUCUGGAAUUUAUGCGAAAGCACUUCGGUGGCUUUGGACAGUUUCAAUCAGUCCCACCUUUUGGAAAGUUUCGUUAGGUGUCUGGAUUGGAAGAUUUACGGAAAAGAUAUUGCUAUUUCUGUUGCCCAGUGUUUGUUGGUCAUUUCAGAAGAUAAUGCCGCGUCAUGGAGGGUGCUAUCAAAUUUUGGUAACGAACUUUCAUCUCUGCUAUCUCUUGAUGGGGACAGUCCGAAUGCACUGUUGAGAACCGUCGCCGCUGGAGUAAUUGCCAAUGUCCCGGCUUUGUCUGCAACUUAUCUUAGUCAGUUGUUCAUGGCCAUUUCCAAAACUUUAGAGAUUAAUCAUCGCUCGGCACUGGGUGCCGUUACCAGUUCUUUACCGUUACUGUCACGCAAAGAUGUUGCCGAUGUUGAAGUACUAGAUGAUGCUCCUAUGGAAGAGGAAUCAGCACAACAGUCGCAUCAACGACGACGCCGAGACGACAUGCCUUCCGAAGUUGAAAUAGAGGUUCGAAACAUAGGCUGGUUGCUGCAAGCACAACGAAUAGCCGCUGAAAUUUUGACCAAUAUCUGCUCCACCGAGGAAGAGGAAUGGCAGGAUGACAUGGACGAUGAAAAUCUGUCAGAUGCGGAAAGUGUACACGAUUACGAUGCGGACAAUGGACCGAACGACAGCCUGCAAAAUACCGACAAAUUGCCGGUAGAAGUGCUGGACGCAAUUAAAUCACUUGGACUUGUUGAAAAGCUUUGGCAUAAAGCGCAACCAAUUGCGGAAAAUGUUCGACAAAUUCUUGCUGAAAGCGAACGAAACUUACUGAAACGCGUUAACAAUUUGCGAGCUUCCGCCAUGCUUUGUCUUCAUAAUCUAUGCAAUAAUAUCUCUACCGAUGAUCUUGGAGGUGCUGAAGCUAUCUACCAGGUUUGGCUGGAGCUAGGUCAACAAGUUUUUCAAGGCGAACAAAACCCCAAACUAUUGGAAGCAUCGACAACAUUGAUGCGAGCCACUUUGGAACAUUUGCGCAAAAGUCCGGAAUUAUUCCGCCAAAUGACUGAAAAUGAUCUACAGCUUAUGUUGAAUGGAGUAACCGAAUGCCAAGACGCAGAAAUUCGCGCAAACUGGCUGCGCAUGCUUGGAAUUCUCGGCUGCCUUUUGCCGGAACCGCUGAUCAGGCUGAUUAUUGAUUUUGUCCUUACGACUUGCCUAAAGGAGCAAAAUUUGUGGACCAUUUCGGAGGCAAUGGACUCCAUGAUGGACAUUUUCGCAGAAAACGAUUGGAAUCAAAUUGUACAUGACCUGGGAAUGGUAGCCAAAUGCAAGGAAUUAGACCGCCGCAUAAAGUCGAAACUGAAGCAGAAUAAACGGGAACUAAAUGAACGGUAUCCGGCCGUUUGCACUGUGCGGACCAAUCUCUGCCGGUUCUGUAAAUACCUAGAAUCGGAAAUGAAGAAAAUAAAGCCCGCUGUUGAAACUUAGAGGAUCGCUUGCGAUCGGUAGUUAUCGUGUGAACUGCAUAGCAUAUAUUCUGGAGCUUAUAUGAGAAUAGAUUAGUUUCCUUCACUUUCUUUAGUCGUUAGCAAUAAGAAAAAUGCACUAAUAAAAUCUAUAAUGUUUUUC